UUGCGCUUGUGGUAUAUUUUACAUUCGCUUAAGUACACAAAACUCGUCGCUCUCUCGUCCCUGGGAAUUUUGCAUAGAUACUUUUGUUUCCGGAUUUUUUAUACCUCUUCAUGCCCUCUUCACUUCCUUGUGUUGAGCGAAUAGAGGAACUGACCACAUUGUGACUAGAAUGAUCAUAGACUUUUCCCCCAAUGCUGAAUUACUUUUUAAUGUUUUAAAUUGAGAGUUUGAUUGUUGACUGCAAUUCGUUUUCGAAUUGGCGACUGAUCUUAUUCUCUAAACUUGGUGUGUGGCCAAAUAUAGAGAUGGCGGGACGCACUCAGCAGGGAGACCUGACAGAGUACAAAAAGAGUCUGAUUAAGCGGGACUUGGAGAUGGGAAUUGUGAUGACCGUGUACAGACAAAGAAUGGAGAGGUUAACCGUGCAGGUUAUCAUGGAGACCAGACAGGUGGCCUGGACACGUACCGCUGACAAGACCGAAGGAGUGUUGGACCUUUUUGAGAUCCGGGAAGUACGACCAGGAAAAAACUCUAAGGACUUUGAUCGAUUCAAGGACAACAAGGACAAAAUGACACCCCCAAACACAUGCUUUACCAUAUUCUACGGCUCUCAGUUUGUUCUAAACACUCUUAGUCUGGGGGCUGAUUCAGUGGAGGAUGCAGAAAAAUGGCUGACAGGAUUGGAGUUACUCAGACAGGAGACUUUGAUGGCUCACACACCAGAUAUUAUUGAGAGUUGGCUAAGGAAGCAGAUGUACUCUGUUGAUCAGACAAAGAAAAACAGUAUCACCCUGAAAGAGCUGAAGACUCUUUUGCCACAGAUGAACAUUAAAGUACCAAGUGGACGGUUUCUGAAGGACAGGGUUGCGGCGGUGGGAGCAAAGAAAGAAGUCCUGGAUUUUGAGCAGUUUCACAAAUUCUACAAUCUUUUGAUAUUUGAAAACCAGAAGUUGAUACUAGAGGAGUUUAAAAAGGAGUCCUGUGCCUUCAUCAUGGGUAACAAUGAUCAGCCUGUGCAACUGUCCGAUUUCCAGAGAUUCCUUUUAUAUCAGCAGAGAGAGACUUGGGCCAACAAUGUGAAUCAGGUCCGAGAGUUGAUGACCAUCUUCAUCGAUGAUACCAUGAGGAAGACCAAUGAUCCAGCCUUUACGGUUGAAGAGUUCCUUAGUUUUCUCUUUUCCAAAGAAAACUGUAUUUGGGAUGAGAAGUUCUCCGAGAUAUGUCAACUGGAUAUGAACAACCCUCUGUCUCACUACUGGAUCAACUCAUCACACAACACAUAUUUAACUGGUGAUCAACUGCGCAGUGAGUCAUCAACAGAAGCUUAUGUACGCUGCCUGAGGCUGGGUUGUCGCUGCAUUGAGUUGGACUGCUGGAAUGGUCCAGAGGAACCUAUCAUAUACCAUGGCUGGACAAGAACCUCCAAGAUAAAGUUUAAGGAUGUGGUGAAGGCCAUUAAUGAUCAUGCUUUUGCAACAUCUGAGUACCCUGUGGUGCUAUCCAUAGAGGAACACUGUGAUCUCAAGCAGCAGAAAAUCAUGGCUAAGGAGUUCAAAGAGGUUUUCCAGGACAAACUCCUGACCGAACCUCUGGAACCAGAGGCUCAACAAUUGCCCUCACCAACCCAACUAAAGGGCAAGAUCAUCUUAAAGCACAAGAAACUGAAUAUUGAUGGAAACUUUGGUAAAAAGGAUCUACGGAAAGGUGAUAAGCAGGGAGAGCUUUUCAUCUGGGAUCCAAUAGAUGAGAGAUGGUAUAAGCACUACUGUGUGAUUGAGAAUAAGAUGUUGUACUAUGCUGAAGAGAAUGAACUUGAAGAGGACAUUGGAAAGGGUACUGAGCUUCAUCAGGCAGAGCCCUGGUUUCACGGCAGGAUGUCAGAGGGCAGACAGACAGCUGAGAGACUGCUGCAGGAAUAUUGUGCCGAAUCAGGAGGGGUUGACGGAACGUUUCUAGUGCGAGAGAGCGACACGUUUGUCAACGAUUGCACCCUGUCAUUCUGGCGCGGUGGAAGAGUUCAGCAUUGUCGAAUCCGCUCCUGCAUAGAUGGAGGAAACUGUGUUUAUUUCCUCACAGACAACCUGCACUUCCCCAGCGUGUAUGCGCUCAUCCAGCAUUACAGAGAAAGCCUGCUGCGUUGUCAAGAUUUCAACCUGCGUCUCACUGAAUUUGUGCCUCGACCAGACCAGCACCUGCAUGAAGGGUGGUUUUACAGUAAUCUGAGUCGAGGUGAGGCAGAAGAUUAUCUGCUGAGGAUCCCUCGAGAUGGAGCAUUCCUCAUCAGACAGAGAGAAGAUUCAGACUCUUAUGCCAUCACCUUCAGAGGUGAAGGGAUGGUGAAGCACUGUCGGAUACACAAAGAUGGCUCUAUGUAUGUGCUUGGCACCUCAAGUGAGUUUGAGAGCUUGGUGGAACUGGUCGAGUAUUUCCGAAAGAAACCUCUUUAUCGGAAGAUCAAACUGCGUUACCCUGUGACGCCAGAACUAGUGGACCGAUUUAGUUCGAUAAACAUAUCUGCUUCACUUUAUGAAUCGAAACAGUAUGUCGAGGCCAACGAGAUAGAGCCGUCUCUGCCCCAGAGCACAGUGAAAGCCCUAUAUGACUACAGGGCCAUGCGACCAGAUGAACUUAGCUUUAACAAGGGUGCUUUGAUCCAUAAUGUGACCAAGGAGGCCAACGGAUGGUGGAAAGGAGACUAUGGAGGGAAACUGCAGCAAUAUUUCCCUUCAAAUUAUGUAGAAGAAGUGGCCAAUUCCUCACCUGAGGCCAGUUACCAGGGUGAGGAGGAAAAUCCAUUAGGUGACCUAUGUAAAGGGGUAGUGGACAUCUCAAAGUGUACUGUUGUUCGCUCAGCCAAACACGGCAGGCCUGUGGUAGUGACAUUGCAGGAUAAGGAAAAUAAAGAGGACAUGAUGCCAUUUGAUUUGGCCACCGAGACCACUGAGGAACUUUAUGAAUGGUAUCAGGUGGCCUGGGACAUCACACAGAGAGAGGAAAACCAAAAGUUUGAGAAAAGAAAACAGGAGGAGGUUGAGAGCAAAGAGGAAGUUGCCAGUGAGAUGUCAGAAAUAGUCGUUUACUGCCAGCCUCGCAGCAAAGAUAAGGACCGCUUUGACAAUUAUACCUACAAAGAGGUCCGCUCCUUCAUAGAGAAUAAGGUACCCAACAAAAGCAAGUCAACUCAACUGAUUAGGUAUAACCGCAAAGCACUGAGCCGCAUCUACCCUAAGGCACAAAGGGUGGAUUCCUCCAACUAUGACCCGUAUCCUCUGUGGAUGUGUGGCUGCCACAUGGUGGCUCUUAACUUUCAAAAUGCAGAUAAGUACACUCAGCUGAACAGCGCUCUCUUCAGUCUGAACGGAGGCACUGGAUAUGUCCUCCAGCCUGAGAUGAUGCGGUCAGAUAAUUAUGACCCUUAUCAAGAGAAGAAGAAUGUCAAAUAUACCAUCACCAUUAAGGUGAUAGCAGCACGGCAUCUACCCAAACCUGGUCGCAGCAUUGCCAGCCCCUUUGUAGAGAUCGAACUAUGUGGCCAAACAGAUGACAACAAAUUCAAGACUAUUGUUUGCCAUGAUAAUGGUCUGUACCCUGUGUGGCUUGGGCCACAACAUCAGCCUUCAGAGGAAGUUACUUUCACCGUAUAUGAGCCAGAUCUCACCUUUUUACGUUUUGUUGUCUUUGAGGAGGACAUGUUCUCUGACCCCAAUUUCCUGGCCCAGGCAACUUUCCCUGUGAAAGGUGUCCGCAGCGGGUAUCGGUCUGUCCCUUUAAAGAACGGCUUCAGUGAAAACCUGGAGCUUGCAUCUCUUCUGGUGUAUGUUGAUACACAGCAGGUGGAGAAAGCACAGGAAGAACUCUACUCCUCCUCAAAGCAAUUGCAAAAGAAGGCAGAGUUUAGCAGUGAAUUCUGCCUCUACGACACUCACUCCAACCUGCAGCGUGCCACAGCCCCUCAUCGUCGUGAUGACCUCUCGCAAGAGUUCACAUACACUGAGAAAAAGAUAAAUAAACAGCAAAAAAUAAACAACAGCAAGUUCUACUCUUGAGGAAAUAACUGUUGAAUGUUUAGUUGCCUCCCUCCAUGGUUCUAAUGUUCUUAAGGGUCUCUUCCUCUUGGGUGCUGCUGCUCUAUUACUGCUGGUGACCUCACAGACCACAAAAAAAUGGGAAGUUGCAGCCAUCUCACUUUUGUGCACACAAGAAUAAAGUCUCUUUUGAAGGUGUAAACUAUCAGCUAAAUGUUCUGCCAGACUCCCAAGAGCUGUAAGCUGUAAACCUCUUUAUAUUGGGUUGAAACUGGAUGAAGGUUUUUGUGUUAACUGUGAAACUGUUAAUCAGCUGUCGUAAUCAGAUUGUAACAUUUCUCAUUUAUAUAUUUUGCACUGUAUUAAACUCUUUCUUUUUUCCUAUUGAAAAUAAGGAAUGCAUUAUAUGAAAUAACAUAAUCAAGGCAUGUUAUUUAUUUUGUUUCUUUUCAUGUUUUUAAUAUGCGCAUUAGUUUGGUCAGAUAUUGAACAUAAUAAUAAAAUGUUAAAAGAGGUUAAUGUGCUACGAGUGAUAAUUGUCGAUUUGAAACCUAGAAUCUGAGUGUAAAAGUUUACAGUUGACAAGCAUGUGUCAACUUCUGUCAUAAUGAUGUCACCCAUACUUGUAUACACACAUGUGUAUAUAUACACACCGAUCAGCCACAACGUUAAAACAUCAGCCUAAUAUUGUGUAUCCACCCCAUCCCCCCUGCGCUGCCAAAAGAGUGCCAACCCGCAUCUCAGAAUAGCAUUCUCUGAUGAUAUUCUUCUAACCAAAAUUGUACAGAGUGGUUAUCAGAGCAAAUCCCAGGAGAUCAGCAGUUACAGAAAUGCUCAAACCAGCCCAUCAGGCACCAACAAUCAUGCCACUGUCCAAAUCACUGAGAUCCCAUUUUUCCCCAUUCUGAUGAUUGAUAUGAAUAUUAACUGAAGCUCCUGACCUGUUUCUGUAGGAUUUUAUGCUUUGCACUGCUGUCACACGAUUGGCUGAUUAGAUAAUUGCAUGGAUGUUUGAUGGUGCCAGAUGGGCUGGUUUGAGUAAUUCUGUAACUGUUGAUCUACUGGGAUUUUCACACACAACAGUCUCUAGAAUUUACUCAGAAUGGUGCCAAAAACUAAAAACAUCCAGUGAGUGGCAGUUCUGUGGAUGGAAAUACAUUGUUUAUGAGAGAGGUCAACAGAGAAUAGACAGACUGGUUUGAACUGAGUCUACGGUAACUCAGAUAACCACUCUGUACAAUUGUGGUGAAAAUAGCAUCAGAGAAUCUGAGAGGCAGGUUGGCGCUGUUUUGGCAGCACGAGGGGGACCUACACGAUAAUAGGCAGGUGAUUUUAAUGUUGUGGCUGAUUGGUAUAUAUACAGUACUCAGCAUUAAUGAGUGCACCCCCUCUGAACAUAAAGAUAUAAUUCUAUUUCUAAAUGAUUACUAUUACAAUUUAUGCAAAGAUGACAAAAUUGAAAUUUAACAUAUACUUAAUAACAUAAUCGAAAUAUAUGUUAUCAAUAUCUGUAAAAUAAUUAAAUUAGGCAGUUUUCCUUAAGUAAAGGGUUGCAAAAAUGAGUACACCCUUGAAUAAAUUCAAAUAGUGUACAAUAUUUUAGUAGAAUGUCUUCCUUAACUUUUAAAUACUGCUCUGACCCUUCUUGACAUCAAGAGUGUACAAGUUCAUGACACAUUGUCACGCUCUUCCACUUCCACUCCUGGAGGAUAACCUCCUUGUGUACUCCUUGGGCAUGGUCAUGGUAAACAUCUGUGAGUUCAUUAUGCCAUUGAUGAAGUACAAUUCCCCCACACCUUCAGCACACUUAAAUCCCCAUAUAAGAACUUUGUCACCACUGUACAUUACUGUGGGUACCAUGCAUUUUGGAUUCCAUCAGAUCCAAAAACAAAAAAUGACUUUAGGCUCAUGAGACAAGCUUUUAGAUUCUCAAAGGUCUGCACCUUAUCAGUAUGGGCCUUGGCAAAUACUAAACAAGCUUUUUAUGCUUUGGGUUCUUCAGUGCCUUCCUGUGUGGAUGACAACCAUGCAUUCCACUUCUUUGCAGUGUGUCUUACUGUGUGAUAUGAAACAGUCCAUCCAGUUUGCCAGCUCUGAGGCAUGUGCUUUGCAAUUCUUAGCAAAAAUCGCUCAUUAUGAGGUGAAAGCUUACAGUGAAUGUUUGAACAUUUCAGCAAUCUUGUCACAAAUCUAUACAUUUAGAAUGUCUGUGUUUCUUUUGCUACUGUGUUUUGAGCCAAUAACAGUGAUUUGCUAAUACUCUUGAACCAUUGUUCCCUUUUGUGCAAUUAAAUCAUAUUCUUUUUUUUGGCAUGUGGUUUUUGACAUGUGGUCCACAUGUUGUCGGCAUUGAGUCUGAGAGUGAUUCAAUGAGCUAAGUAACAUUCUACACUUUAACCAACUUGUCUAUUUGAGUGUGUUGGUUCAAUAGAAUAAUCUGUUGAUCAAUGUCCCUCA